AUGCAUAAGACGCCGGCACCGUUGUUUCGCAAAAAACAGCAACAGAUCCCAUCAUCAUCGAUACCGUCUUCGUCGCCUGCAUUCGGCACCCCAGCCCAUCCAUUGAAACCGUUUGGUGUCAACGCCCCCAAUGCCGCCAUUCUCCCGAUUAUCCUCCCUCCGCCUACCCUCCGACCUCUAGCCUUUCGUAUAUUCACAAAAAAGCAUGCAUUGACGCUCAACUCCACCGCGCUACAAGAGCUGGCCUCGUUCAUCGGGCGACAAUGCGGUUCGGGAUGGCGCGAGGAGGGUCUGGCAGAAAAGGUGCUGGAGGAGAUUGCAAGAAGCUGGAAGAACUCCAAUGGAGGUGUCAUUGUGGAGGGUUCCAGUAAAGCGCUACAGGAUAUCCUAAAAACACUGGAAGGGAACAUGAGCGGGGGUAAAAUCGUCGGUCAGGGAAGAGGCCUCUCAAGAGAGAACAGCCUGCUGGGAUCCGCAAGCGUGGAGGGCGAUAUUGUCAAUACGAGGUUGGGUCUGAGGCCGCAAGGUCCUGUGAGAGAGGAUAGCAAUACCAGCUUUGGCAUGUCAAGCCUUGGAGUCAGCCAAGAAGCCGACGAGGACGACGAGGUUAAUGAUCCUCGGGGGUGGCUCAAGGUCAUAGACGCAUACGAACAGCCGCGAUUACUCUUCAACGUGGGUAAGAAGCAUUUUGAAAGAGACGUCGCGAAGCCAUCGUUACUACCAGUUGCCUCUCACAAAACAACGGCGUUCCGCAAUCGCUACCAUGUCAUUCACCAGCGCCUCCUCAGAAAUGAAGCAUUCCAAUCUUCAACCGUAUCAGAGUCCCGAAAGCGAUCGGGUCAUCAGUCAUUAUCGAGUCAGCAAUCACUCAAAAUCACGCCGAUUACCAACCUUCUGGGUCGGCAUGGCAGUGGACAUAUGCUUCUCGGUCAGCUAACAAUUCUACCUACCGGCGACUUAGCAAUAAGUGACAUGACCGGCACAAUCGCACUCGAUCUCGAACAGGCGGUAUCAAUCCCCGAAGAUUCUGCUUGGUUCUGCCCUGGGAUGAUCGUCCUGGUUGACGGUGUGUACGAAGAGGAAGAUGAGUCUGUUGGCAAAGGCUUGAGCGGCAGCAGCGGUGUUGGAGGUACGCUAGGUGGCCGUUUUCAAGGUUUCUACAUCGGCCAGCCUCCCUGCGAAAAACGAAAAGCCACGCUGGGAAUCAGCGGCCCUGAGGGCGGGCGGGACCAAAUCAUAGGAGGAGGCUUCGGCUGGAUCGAUUUCCUCGGCGUUGGCAGCGAGCGUGCUGUCGGCGCGAAAAUGCGCAGAUUGCAAAAACGUCUCCUCAGGGGCCCCUUUGAGGAAGAAGACACCCUCAGCCGCGAUCGUAUCGUCAUUAUUGGAGAGCUGAACCUCGACCAACCCCGUGCACUCCAGGCGCUCAGGAGAAUAUUAUCUCUUUAUGCCGCGGAGCCAGAGGGCAGAUCACCAAUGACGUUUGUUCUCACUGGCAACUUCACACAGCACGCAGUCAUGGCCCGGGGUGGCAGCGGUGGCAGUAUCGAAUACAAAGAAUGCUUCGAUGCUCUGGCCUCCACGCUGUCCGACUUCCCAACCCUGCUCCAAACGUGCACAUUCGUCUUCGUGCCCGGAGACAAUGAUGGCUGGGUCUCGUCCUUCACAGCCGGCGGGUCCGUACCGCUGCCCAGAAAGGGGGUCCCUGACAUGUUCACCUCGCGGAUCCGACGUGCAUUCGCAACCGCCAACGCAGAAACCAACCACGCCGUGCCCGGUUCCGCGCACUGGACCACAAACCCAAGUCGCCUGUCCCUUUUCGGGCCCAACAACGAGAUAGUUCUCUUCAGAGACGACAUCUCAACCCGUUUGAGAAGAACAUGCGUCAACUUGAAAUCUAAAGACGGCGCUCAGGAAAAUGCGAAUGAGGGUGAUCCCGAUGCCCCCGCACCAUCUCAGUCCGAGUCCAUGGACAUAGACCAAGAGACCCAAGAUCAAACACAAGACAACGGAACCAGCGCCCCAUCAUCUACGUCCCACGAUACCCGCGCCGCCCAAAAGCUGGUCAAGUCCAUCCUCGAUCAGGGAUACCUUGCUCCAUUCCGCCAGCCCCUCCGCCCUGUCCAUUGGGACUAUGCCGGAGCAUUACACCUGUAUCCGCUCCCAACGGCCAUGGUUCUCGUAGACACUACAGCCCCGCCCUUCUGCAUCACAUAUGAAGGGUGCCAUGUCAUGAACCCAAGCAGUAUCCUCGUCCCGGGACAAAAGGGCGUAGGCAGAUGGGUGGAGUACACAAUCGGUGGGCAGGGCAAGCUCCGGGAAGUGAUCAUCUAG